AUGGGCACCUUCAUCCGUCCCGGUUGUUGUCGCAUCUCAUCGGCGAGCUCUGCAAGACUUCGAUUUUCCAGACAUCGCAACUUCUCUUUGUCGACUCGAAAUUCGUCGUCGGUUGAUCCAAGGGCAAUAGCUGAGACGUUUCUCCGCAAGUUCUCCAAGGGCCAGACCUUUGUUCGCAAACAGCUCUUGGACGCCAAUCAACUGCGACUUUUCUCUUUGACUUUGAACAGACCACACCUAUGGCCGAGCUCAGGACGACUAUCCAAGACACUUGAGCAGACGGAGCCUCCUCUCGGAACCCCUAUCCCGCCAGCAUAUCAUCUCAUUUACUUUACGCCCGCCCAACUCCCAGGAAUUUUGGGGCUGGAUGGGACCGAUGCUUCAUUUAACCCGGACGUUCCGUUCACACGGCGAAUGUGGGCAGGAGGAUCAUGUCACUGGCCGGGGGCUGACCCUGAUUCAAGCGCGCGAUCGCUGUUGCGAGUGGGUGAUAUCGUCACCGAAGUAACCAGAGUCUUGAGUUGCGAGCCGAAAGUCAUCCAAAAGACAGGAGAAGAUAUGCUAUUAGUGGGGGUGGAGAAGGAAUUUUUGAACAGCAGAGACGAGUUAUGUGUACUGGAUCGAAGGAACUGGGUGUUCAGAGCCGCACUCGAUCCCUCAAAGCCAACCCCCUUGGUCCCCAAGCCUGCCGAACUGUCACAGGCUGAACUUGAUGAGGCUGCUAAAGGCAAGAUGGUGCGAGAAUACAACCGCGAUGAGGCCACUUUAUUCCGCUUUUCGGCGUUGACAUUCAACGCUCAUCGAAUUCACUACGACAGGCCCUGGGCAACAGGGGUGGAAGGUCACAGGAAUGUGGUUGUCCACGGCCCUAUGAAUUUGAUUGCCAUGUUGGAUCUCUGGCGAGAUGAAACUGUCAGCCAGGGAGUGGGGUCGGCACAGGAUGAUAUCGUGUAUCCGGAGAAGAUCGAAUAUCGAGCGACAAGCCCGGUGUAUGCGAGAGAGGCAUAUCGAGUGAUGAUGGAUGACGCCGCGGUGGGCCAAAAGGAAGCAGAAGUGAGAGUGAUGAGCAACGAUGGCACAACAUGCAUGAAGGGAACGGUGACUGAUUGGUCAUUGACAUAA